AUGCCCGCCGAGGAGGAAGCCGCGGCGAUGGACGCCCGCGAAGCCGCCGACGGCUCGCCCCAGCAGUUCUGUCUCCGCUGGAACAACUAUCAGAGCAACCUGGCCAACUGUUUCGACCAACUCCUGCAGACGGAGUCGUUCGUCGACGUCACGCUCGCCUGCGAGGGCCAGAGCCUGAAGGCGCACAAGGUGGUGCUCUCCGCGUGCAGCCCCUACUUUCAGACCCUGUUCAUGGACAAUCCGUGCCGGCACCCGAUCAUAAUCAUGCGCGACAUAAAAUACUGCGACCUGAGAGCGGUGGUCGACUUCAUGUACCGCGGCGAGAUAAACGUGUCGCAGGACCAGAUCAGCGCCCUGCUCAAGGUGGCGGAGAUGCUGAAGAUCCGCGGGCUGACUGACGUGAGCGGGGAUCACGCGGUGUUGAGGCCGGGCGGGGAUCCGCGGGGCGGGAAGCGGCCGGUGAGCCGCGAGCCGGAGUCUCCGGCGAAGUCGCGGCGGCGCUCCGCGGAGGCCCCGAGCCCGCGCGAGAGCCCCGCCGCGGAUCUGCCGCCGCCCGACACGCCUACAACCACCAUCCCGCUGCACGGCGACGACGUGGACAUCCGCCCCGGCAUCGCCGAGAUGAUCCGCGAGGAGGAACGGGUAAGUUGCGCUAGCUCCCGCUUCCCGCCAAACUUUUCCCGCCGUUGCGCGCCGAACCGCCCGCGCCCCACUCCCCAGCAAAACUCCGCUUGUAUCGCCUUCCUAAUUAAUUUAUUUCGGGGCCGCACUCCGCACUCCGCGUCUAAUAUAAAAAUUACUGUUUACCGCCGACUCGCACAUUGUUUUGUUCAAAAUAUAAAGUUUGCCCUUCCCAAUGCCACAAUUCCGCCUCGCUGUACCUACAAACAAAAUGCUUUUUAUGAUUAA